AUGUCAAGAAACCCUCGAACUCAAGGCUCAUCGCGCGCCAGCGAAGAGCUCGAUAUCCUCCUGCACCAUGCCGAAGCCUUCCGGUAUGCGAGUCUUCUGCAUCUGUACCGGUUUCUCUGCCGGUUCUCCACCGAAACAUACCAGCCCAAGAUGGCCGAAUGCGUGGAAUCCAUCAUGGCGCAUGUGUCUUGCAUUCCGCUCAACUUCCACUGCGAACUGGGUCUCGUAUUCCCGCUGUUUAUGAUCGGCAUCGCUGACCAUAGGCCCGAGACUACGGGUUACGUCUGGAACCGUCUGGAUAAUAUCUUCAACUGGACCAAGUUCGAGCAUGUCCUUCGCGCAAGGAGCCUUCUAGAGACGCUCUGGGAUACGGGGAGGACGGAUUGGGAACAGGUGCUGCAGGAAUUGGGGUGGCAGAUUUCCAUUGCAUGA